AUGGAGUUCCUCGCCGAGGAAAACGACUGCGGUCAAACGCUGCUGCGCCUCGUUAGUCGUGGUAGCGCUAUCAUUGCUGAGCUGCUUCGUUUGUCCAACAAUAUCCCGGGCGUCUUCAUGGGGCCUUCGCAUGUGGAAGACCCAGAGCAACUCAAAUACUUGAACAUUCUGUUUGAUUUUGCGUAUUUGAAGAAUCCAGAGGACUUUGAGAAUAUGGUCAACAGCAAUACGGAGCUUUUGGAUGUCGAUGAUGAAUUUAUGGAUAACCAUGAAGACAUUCUGGAUCGGUUCUACCAGCUAUUUGACGGCGUUUAUAAGUAUAUCAGUGACUACUUGGAGUUUCUGGAUAAUCUCGAGAAAGGUUUCUUUAUUCAACACACGCUGGCCAACAUCUUGCUGGACACGGACGGUGCUCAGCUCAUGUGUGAGGCGUUGUACCUCUACGGAGUGAUCUUGCUGCUAUUGGACCGCAAGAUCCCCGGCUCGACGCGUGAGAAGAUGGUCAUCGCCUUCUAUCGAAGCAAGGGCGAGUCUGCACUGGAAAACAUUGACGAAGUCUGCAAACUAUGCCGCGUGACGGGAUACCUGCCUGGCCAGCCAAAGCCGGCUCAGUAUCCAGAGCGAUACUUCAAGCGCUUUCAACCUCCGGAGGAAGUUGUCAGUAUGGUGAUUGGUAAACUGCAGUCUGACGAUGUGUACCUGCAAGAACCGUGCUUCCCGCACCGCACCCAUCGCUCUACUCGACUUGCAGGACAAGCUUCGAUGCUUUUCGUGAUCUUGUUUUUUGCGCCGGAUAUCCUGAUUCACGAGAAGGCGAGUAUGCGCGAAAUCGUAGAUCGUCACUUUAACGACAACUUCAUCUUAACGACGUACAUGGGAGCAGUAGCUGACCUAUCGCUGGAGUGGGCGGCUUACCCAGCGGCACGCUUGGCGCUUGCAAACACGCUGGAGCCGUCGAAUAUUGCUCACAUUACGAAGAAGAAGGCACAGCAGAUGCAGCGAUCCAUCGAAGAACUAAACUAUUUUUUGACCGAAGGCGUACUUACGGAAAUGUAUGUACUGGAAAAUCUUGAUCCGUUAUUGAACUGUAUUCGUAACGCCAACGUGACGAUCCGGUGGACUAUGAUGCACUCCCGCAUUCAACCAGUAAUCUCCAUGAUGGAAAACGCCACGGCUCAGCGCGAUAUCUUUGAUAAAGGCACAGACCCGGACAAGCUGAUCACUCUACUGCUCAAGGUCUCACAGUUGGAGUGGAAGCUCAAGCAAAUGUUCGAAGCCCUGCUAGCCAGUAAAGAAGACCGGUGGCAGCGUUGUAUGAAGGAAACAUCGGAACGAAUGGAGGAGCUUAGCGAAUACUUUUCAGGUGAGAAACCGCUCACCCGCGUGGAACGCAAUGAGGAUCUUAUGAAGUGGUUCAAGGACCUGGCUGAGAAGGUCAACAGCUUGGACUACAUAGAUCACAUUAAGGCUGGGCGACGAAUUAAACGACUGAUUGAGGCAUUGGGCCACGUUGAACAGUUUGACCAAAUUGACACGAAUUUGCAAGUAAAGGCGUAUCUUGAAGAGUCUCGCGAAUUUCUUACUGAAAUGGUGCGAACCGUGCGUAUUCGAGAUGAGGUCAUGGGUAUUAUCGAGAAUGUGUCAGAUUUAUCGUAUGCCUGGGAGAUCAUUAACGAUUUCAUGAAGAUCCUGCAUCAGCGCGUAAAAAAUGACCCGUCGUCUGUCAUUUUGCUGCGUGCGAUGUUUCUGAAGUUUGCGUCAAUUUUGGAUGUACCGCUUACGCGUAUUCAUCAGUGUGGGUCCGAGGAUGUGAUUUCGGUGGCGGAGUAUUAUUCGGCUGAGCUCGUGGACUACGUGCGGCGCGUUAUGGAAGUCAUUCCACAGAGCGUCUUCCGUAUCUUGGCGGGUAUAAUCAAGCUGCAGACAGACCACAUGAAGCCGAUUCCCGUGAAGUUCGAAAACACGUUGCUAAAGAACCACGCUCAAUUGAACGAGCGUUACCGCCUUGCACGUGCAACUAAUGAGGUUUCCAAGUACACUGAGGGUAUUCUGGCCAUGAAGCGUACGUUACUUGGUAUCAUCGAGGUCGACCCUCGACAAGUGCUGGAAGAUGGUUUGCGCAAAGAGCUUGUCUAUCGUGUGUCGCUCGCUUUCCACGAGGUGCUCAACUUUGAGAAGAAUACGUCUGAAGAAUGUAACGAGGUCUUUGUUAAGUUGGCCUCCAACCUGGAUGCCUAUCGACUAUCUUUCGAAUACAUUCAAGACUACAUUGGUAUUUACGGACUGCGCAUGUGGCACGAAGAGCUAUCUCGUAUUAUCAACUACAACGUCGAGCAAGAAUGCAACCGCUACCUGAAGAAGAAAGUGUACGACCGCGCAUCCCAGUACCAGAGUCGUGCAAUCCCGAUUCCACGCUUUCAGCCGCCAUCAGGUGAUAUGAGUGUGAACUUCAUGGGACGCCUCAUGCAUGCGCUUUUUAUCAUGACUGACCCCCAUACAACCAUCUACUCACCGCAGUCCAUCGGUUGGUUCUCCGAAGAUGGCAAAGAAGUAUGUGGCAUUGGUGCUUUCUCUGUUCUUCACAAGAGCGUAGGUCUGUUAGGCCUGGCAGGUCUAGACCGUAUGCUUUCGUUCCGUAUUGUGCAUACACUUAACAACUUGGUGAAGUUCUGGGGGUCAGCUGUAACGCCUUACUUACCGCUCCUGAACCAGCUCUCCGAAGCGCUUGUGCCAGAGUGGAAGCUGCCCGAGCACUCGACGAAGCUAUACGAAGCUGCGCUGAAAAAGGUAGAGAAGAUCAUGAGUAAGCUGCUCAAGGCUGUGCUUAUUAUUGGUCAGGCAGCACUCAUCCGGCGACAGAUUUCAAGUGAACUCUCGUUCUCAAGCCGCCUGGACGCUAAUUUGCUAGCUUCAACACUGGAUACGUUGAACAUUUCGCUUUUAAAUGAUAUUCGCGCACACUAUCGUGACCCGAAGAACAAGCCGUACCCUGGCAAUGAUGGCAACCCCGUGCUUGUGGAACUGAACAAAUAUCUAGAGAAUACAGGUGCCAAUGAUCCAUUCCAGAAGAUCUACGUGACCGUUGCAGAGCCUAUGGAGGGACUUGCAGCUAUGUUCAUGCUCUUUGUGGUGGCCUAUAUGCCGAAGCUACAGUACGACCGUAACUUUGGUGCCCUCAGCCGCGUUGGUAAGAAUCCCAUUGAUGGCGAACCUCUCCUCGUUGGCAUCCUCACUAUCUUCAAGCAGUUCCAUCCUUCGUACACUGAGAAAUUUUUGGCCUAUUUGGGCCAGUUUGUGCGUACCAAGGUCAACGAUAUUUUCAGUGAUAAAAAGGGCAAGUCAUCUUCGUUGCCAACGGAGCUUCCUGUGGACGUGGUCAACGCACUAAUUUUCAUGCUCGAGUUUGCACGCUGCGCCAAGAUUAAGCGGAGCAUUCUGGAUGGUCACGUUCCUGCGUAUAUUUUUGAUGCUAUUCAGCUCUAG